AGCAGCAGCAGCGACAGGAACACAGAGGAGCAAGAUGGGCUGCAAGACCAUGUCGGGGUACCUGCUGGGGACAGCCAUGGUCCUCCUGUUGGUGCUGCAGAGUUCACAGUGUGUCGACAUCAAGUACCAAGGCUUCCAAGUCAAGCUGGAAUCAGUGAAGGAGCUAAGUGCCCUGGAGGAGCAGCAGGUGUCCAGCCUCCACCUACAGGACAAAAACCUACAGCCUCCUGUAUGCCACCACCCGGCCUUGCCCCAGGACCUCCAGCCCAUCUGUGCCUCUGAGAAUGCUGCCAGCCUUCUCAAGGGCUUGAGGACCAUCGCCACCGACGACUGUGAGCUGUGUGUGAAUGUUGCCUGUACCGGCUGCCUCUGAGACCACCCUGUGUGUCUAGAGGAGCCCAACCUGAAUGCCGACCACCCAGCCCACACGUCCACACUCAGGUGCCAUCACCACCUUCUCAGGACAACUGGA